AUGAGAUUACCUACAAAAAACGAUUAUUGGAGAUCGUCCAAGUGGAUGUUCACCACACAGUUUGGCAAAGUUAUGCCCAGGGAUAGAUUUACCCAAAUCUGGAGGUACCUACAUCUUCAAAACAAUGAAGAACAGCCUCAACAACCUGACAAAUUAUGGAAAAUAAGAUGGUUUAUUGAAUUUCUUAACACAAAGUUAAAGGAACUCUAUGUGCCACAUGAAAAUGUAACUAUAGAUGAAAGCAUGAUCAAGUUCAAGGGACGACUUGCCUUCCGACAAUAUCUGCCAGCCAAACCUAUCGAGUGGGGCGUAAAAAUCUGGAUAAUGGCAGAAAGUGACACAGGAUACAUGCACAAUUUCCAGAUUUACAAGGGUAAAGAAAAUAAUACUGAAAAAGGUCUUGUACACAGAGUGGUUAUGGAUCUGUGUAGACAAAUGUUUGGCACAAACUUAAAUGUGUACAUGGACAAUUUCUAUACCAGUCCUCAAUUACUUCUGGACCUUCACGUCCGUGGAAUUUUGGCUUGUGGUACUGUAAGAUCAAACCGGAAAGGACUGCCAAAGGAACUCUUGCCAGCUAGAAUCAAUCUUGAAAAACAUGUCUAUAAAGUGGACCAAAAUGACAGCCUCACUUUCUGUGUUUGGAAGGAUACCAAGCCAGUCCUUGUCCUGUCAAAUUUCCACGAUUCGCAACACACUGGCCAAGUGACCCGCCAGGCAGCCACUGAUACCAUUGUGGAAGUUCCUUGUCUUCUUUCUGAUUACCAGAAAUAUAUGAAAGGUGUCCACUUGUGUGAUCAAAUGAUCGGGUACUAUAUACUUCACCACAGAUCCAAGAAAUGGUGGCGGCGCAUAUUUUUCUAUUUGAUGAUAGUAUCCGCACACAAUGCCUAUUUCAUUGCGAAGGAUACCCAUCCGGAAAUGAGCAAGGACAGGUGGCAAAUAUUCCAGGAUUUUGUGGAGGAAAUUCUCAAAUACUUGAUUGGAGACACAAGAUCUGGUCGUGAAGCUCUAGAAUUUGACUGUGGGGGACAGCAACGGAACACAGACACAAAACCUGUGCUAGUCCUGUCAAACUUUCAUGAUCCACAGCACACUGGAUGGGUGAUGAGAAGGACAGCUGAGGACAACAUAGUAGAGGUUCCACUCCAACUUGCUGAUUAUCAGAAGUACAUGAAGGGAGUGGACACUUGUGAUCAAAUGAUAGCAUGGUUAUUACAUGCUGCAUCAUCGAUCAAAGAAAUGAUGGCGUAG